GAAUUGACUUAACCUCUACGAUUAAGUGAUUUGACUCUCAGGAUUACAUUGCUGUCACCUCGCCUAGUUUUAUUGCAAUGCUAGAGGACGACAGCAGACAAAUUUGUUUAAUAUCUUAAUUUCCAUAAAAUAUUGAAUUGUUCGUUGCUAACUGAGGUUGGCUAGUAGUUAAUCUUGGUUUGAAUCCUUUAGGCUAGGCCUAUGUUUACAAUGUCAUCUUUCAUUCUUAGGAAUAAAGUUACCGGUACUGUUUGGAAAACUAAGGCAAUACAGCAUCAGUGCUUCAGUUCUACUGGCCUUAAAAGAGCACAACUUAAUUUACUGAAAACAGAAGCGUUUAUCAAUGGAAAAUGGGUUUCGGCCAAAAGUGGGAAAACCUUUCAAGUAACAAAUCCUGCAACGGGACAAGUGAUUGCAAGCGUGCCAGAUAUGGACGUGACAGACACCAAAGUGGCCAUUGAAGCAGCGAAUGAAGCAUUCAAAACAUGGGGAAAGACCACUGCAAAGGAAAGGUCAGUUUUGCUACGCAAGUGGUACGAUGCGAUGGUCGCCCACGCCAACGACUUGGCUGCAUUAGUUACCGCAGAAGCUGGGAAGCCUUUACCAGAAGCUCUUGGAGAGGUCAACUACGGUAAUUCCUUUGUCGAGUGGUUUUCUGAAGAAGCAAGACGUGUCAAUGGCGACAUUAUCCAGAGUCCACAGAGGAGUAAGGAAAUGAUGAUGAUUAAACAGCCAAUCGGAGUAGCUGCUCUUAUUACUCCAUGGAAUUUCCCUCAAGCCAUGAUCACCCGCAAGGCUGGGGCUGCUUUGGCUGCUGGAUGUACUUGUGUCAUCAAACCUGCGGAGGACACUCCGUUUACUGCUCUUGCAUUAGCGGAGUUGGCGCAGCAAGUAGGUAUUCCUGACGGUGUGAUAAACGUGGUUACAAGUGAUCGCAGCAAUGCUCCAGGCAUCGGAAAUGAACUCUGCACAAGUCCGCAUGUCGCUGGCCUCUCAUUUACUGGUUCAACAGAAGUUGGCAAACUCUUGUACAAGCAGUGUGCAUCCGGAGUAAAGAGAGUCGGUUUGGAGCUCGGAGGCAAUGCUCCCUUCAUUGUCUUUGAAUCAGCUGAUUUAGACAAAGCUGUAGAAGGUGCUAUUGCGUCAAAAUUCAGAAAUUGUGGCCAGACUUGUGUUAGCGCCAACAGAUUCCUGAUUCAAGAUAAAGUCUUUGAUGCAUUUGUUCAAAAACUAAAAGACAAAAUGGCCACUCUUAAAUUAGGAGACGGAACUAAGCCAGACGUAAACCAGGGUCCAUUGAUAAACAUGAAACAAGUUGAAAAGGUGGAAAGUAUUGUUAAAGACGCAGUGGAUAAAGGAGCGACAGUGGUCUAUGGGGGUAAACCUGCGUCCAACGUCGGUCCUCAAUUUUACGAACCUACCUUGUUGACCAAUAUCAAACCAAACAUGGUUUGCUAUACUGAAGAAAUAUUUGGACCCAUUGCUGUCUGCAUCAAAUUCCAAACUGAGGAGGAGGCAGUGGACAUUGGGAAUAGCACGAACCGUGGGUUGGCUGGUUAUUUCUACUCCAACAAUGUGAGCCAGGUAUGGAAAGUAGCCAAACUGUUGGAAGUGGGGAUGGUUGGGGUCAACGAAGGUCUCAUAUCAUCGGCAGAAGCUGCGUUCGGUGGCAUCAAAGAAUCCGGCAUCGGAAGAGAGGGAUCGCACUACGGCCUUGAAGAGUACACUUACAUCAAAUACAUUUGUUUUGGCAAUCUACAGUAAGAUUGGAGAAUUUUGAAAUUUGUUUGGAGUUUAAAGUUUCUGUUUUGAAGAUAGGAAAUAUGUUAAGAGAAGAUAGUGAGGUUAAAAUCAUAAAAUGUUUGGUUAUUGAUGUUGAAUUUAUGAACUUGUUUAAGCUGGUCAAUUGAUGUUUAAUUGCAAUUGUUUAACGGAGAAUUACUGUUUGGACAAGUUAAUCAUAAAAGGUGCAGGCAGACAUUAUCAUUUUUAUUUUUCAAUAUUAUACAUUUAUUUAUUUUGGUUUUUUCAUUCAGUAAUUUGACGUUUUGGAUCAAAUUUUCAACUGAAUCGGCAAAAUAUGAAAGAAAAAAUAUAUUACGAACAAUCAUUGUAUCUAUACAUGCUCUAUGUAUUUUUUCAGUUAGCAUUUAGCAAUGCUUGUUUACUUUACUAAAUUUUUCCCUAAACCAGACAAAUAAUCAAUGUUUUGUUUUGGUUGUAUUUUUUGCCCCAAAUAUAGGUUCCAA